AUGCUGAGUGGCGGUGGGGGACUUCUGCCGCCUGCGCUGCUCGACGAAUCCCGAGUGCCUCGGUUUUACGUCGACGCGAUAGUCGCCUGUGGAGCCGCGACACUCAGUACACCGCCCAACACGGCUUUGGGUCAGAGUUUUUCCAUUUUCGUUCUAUUUUGGUAGUUUUUUUCGGUUCAUCGAAUUCCGGUAAUUAUUUUUUGUCUUUCAGUCUUUGGAAAAUGAGCAAGAACACUAGCAUAGGAAAUCAGGCACACGAAACUAAACCUGGACGUGGUAACACCAAUAUCAAUUAUGUGAGCUGAGUUUUUGCAUGAAAUUUUGCUUUAUAUGCAAAAAAAAUUUAAAAUAAGAAUUGAAAGAAAAAGAAAACUCUAAGAUGUUAAGUUCUGUUUGUGAUACACUUGCGCAAACUUAAUGCACCCCCAGAAACAAAAACCUCGGAAUCUGGCUUUUUUUUUUAGAAGAUUGUACUAUCCACACUGGUCAAUCGGCGUAUCCUCAAAAAUAGCUAACGGAGUGCACUUUCAAUUUCAGCCGGAACUUGCACGCGGUCAAUCAAUAAAUAGCAUACAGAGACUAACUUUCUGCUCUUUCGAUACCAUUUGUGUGCACUCCGAAACUGUCUAUAUGCCUUCUGGAUUUGAGAAUGCUGACAAAGCUUUAGAAGUAUGCUGCCGAAAUGCACUCCGAUAGCACUCUUACCGCGUAUCCUAUUUAUUGACUGACGAAGUGGAUAUCUCGAUUGACCUUUGCAGUUUUCCAUUUGAUCAAAUGUUUUGAAGUUGACAAGCCAAUCUGCAUUUCCUGACCUGAGUUUCCGUUUUCUUCCAGUUUACAAUCUGAUGGUGACCUCGGGUCUGCCGCGACACGUACUCUCCUACAUUUGGUCGGCGGUUAACCGGACGCUUCCAGGCCAGCUGACGCGUCCUGAGUUCUAUUCCUGCUUGGCGCUCAUCGCCCUCGCUCAGGUCCGUCCUCUCAUUUUGGAAGAUACAAGAGCUCUUUCAGAAAAAAGAAUCCCUCGCUGCUCUUUCGACGAUGGAUUCUUUGCCCAUUCCUUUUCUCAACACGGUCCAGGCCUUCCCCACCAAUUCGAACAAUGUUCAAUCGACUUCGACAAACUCGCCGGUCACUACAAAGUGAGACAAGCGUUUUUCAGUCUUUCUCGUGGAAUAGUUAGCUAUUUUAUGUUCAUUUUCAUUCUUAGGGAAGUUUGGAAACAUUAAUUUCGUGAAAUAUCGGCCUAUUUCAGCGUCUUUUCAAAUCAUGUGAGGCUUCGGCGUCUUUAAAUAUCCCAAAAUAAAGUCUUAAAAGUAUAAAUACUUUGUGUAAGGCUCAAGACCGGAUCGUGUCAGCACUAUUCAUUCAAAGAAAUUAUCAAAAUCUCCACUGUUUAAUUAGAGGACAAAUAUUCGGAACUGUGAAGGAAGUUCAAUAGAAAAAAUAAAUGAAAAAAUAAAAGCAAAGUUAGAUCAAGAUAAAAACAACGAAGAGACUGUUAUCAAAGACGAAAACUGAUUUAUCAUCGUUUCCAAUCCUCAAAAGAAUAAACAUUGAACGAUUUCGAGAGAAAUGUUGGUUUCAAUGCAGAACAAAGUCUUCGACGGCGUCUUCUUUCAUUCCCACAUCCCUGCUGCCUCUGAGACGAUCCACCAGAAAGAAGGAGGUGGACCUCAUUUCGAGCAAAUCUCCCAGCGUCUCGGUCAACAGCUCGCCGGCGAAGGCAGCUCCUUCCGUGGCGGGACAAGACCUCGUCGGAAUCGAGUGGAACGCCUCAGAAAGUCCGAAUGGGGAAGGUCGCUCUCCUGAGAACGCGGCCGUCGCUUGUUGGAGAGAAACCGUCCACGCGGUCUUUCUUCUCUUCCAAGUGGGUGCUUUUCUUCUUCGGCAGACUCUAUGAUAUUAAGGAAGCCAAUGACUUGUUCGCCAAAGAAAACGACGCCGUAUUAGUGGAAAUCGCCGCGACCGAACGAGGAGAAAACUAUCUGAGGUGUGUGAUCGAAAACUUUUUUUUGAUGGAAUGAAAUAUUUUAAAAAAAUCACUCUUUAGUGAUGAAUAACAGGCCGUGGUAUAGGAACUGAACAACAUAAUCAAUAGUUUUCCUUGAAUGGAAAUUGUUUUUAGUAUCCAAUCUAAAAAUGAGACUUCAUUGUAGGUAUUUUAUUCAUUCAUUUUCUCUCGGAAAGCAGUUCUCUGAAUUCGUAGGUGGCUUCGCAUACAACAAAAUACCGUAAUAGCUAGAGACUUCAACUGACUAUCAAAGGAUUUGGAAUCUUCACUGGGUAAGACCACAAGAAAGAAGCAGAGAAAUAGAAGGAAGCCUGCUCAUUGGACUCAGACGAUAUUCUGAAAUUGAAUUUUGUUAAAGUGCUCAAGACUGUGAAACACUAACGAUGCUCGCAGAGGCCUCGCGAUCGCCUUCGAGAUAAUGAACCGAGUGUGCCGUUCCGCCGGCGUUUCUCUGCCGUCGCAGUCGACGACUGAAGCCGAGGCGUGUCGAAAGUGCUGGAAGCGUCUUUCGCACCUCGUCAAAGGCCCGGAUUUCUUGGAGAGCGACGCUAGUCAUAGGUUCAUUUUCCAUCUCCGAAUCGCGAAAAAACCUUUUUCAAAAAAAUUAUCAAAAUAUUUUGCGGCUUCUCCUCACCACAUUUUUCUGCAUUUCUUUUAAACUUUUAUCUUUGAAGAUUUCUCAAAAGUUUUCCUUGAACGUACCUUUUCGAUUCCUCAUUAUAUAUAAGGUUUCGAAGAAUUGGUGAAAUUUUUUCACAAUUAAUUUUUUUCCGGUUUCAUGUAUCAAAAGGAGUAGAGAAACGUUGGUUUUUAGGAGUUGCGCGAUUUGCGGACAACUCUCUGUGAAUGCGGUCGAGUACGGCGGACAAUGUUACGACGCCGCCUGUGCCAAUCUCUGGGUCAACUCCGUCAGUUCACUUCUGCCAAAUCUUCAUCUCCGAUGA